GUAAAUUCUAGCUAAGAAAAUUUAAUUUUUUUAUUAUUAUUUCAUCAUUUUUCAAAACUAAAGACAAAAAUAAAAACUUCAUUUUCUUUCUUAUUCUUUUCUCUCUCUGGUCGAUUUUUCUUCCUCUCCAAAACAAACACAGAUUUGCCCAUGAUGGAAACUCAUUAAGUGGAGAUUGCUUUAGUUUUUUUCAUGAGCCUCCAUGCUUUCUUCCACUCAUCAAUUUUAGCUGUUGCUGUUGCUGCUUCGACUGUUGCUGCUUCUUCAUCAAAACAAACCCAGAUCUGGGUUUGUCUCAAGCCCCGAUCUGGGUUUGACAAACCCAAAUGGGGACUUGAGACAAACUCUACAUUUCUUGGAUCUUCGCCGCCACCUUCGAAAUGCCAACCUGGCUCUUCACCGCCACCUGAUCCGCCUUUGCAUCCAGCUCCUUCCUAUUUCCUCCCCCAUCACCCCUUGCUUCUUCAUCUUCAAGAUUUGUCGAUGUUUCCUCUUCUUCCACACCUUCUUGCACAACCCCGUGGGUACCUUCUAGAACCCCAGCACCAGUAGCUCCAUCAUUGUGCACGAACAACAACAGCAAACACGCCACGCACUCUGCCGUCCCCGCACCCACCACCUGUGCACCUCCUCCCUUUUGUCGCCUCAACGAUGAUAUCGAUGACUUAGUACUAUUGUCUGCGAAUAGAAGUGGCUAUGUCCGCCCGUUCACCGGCGUCAAUCUCAUCAAAGUCUGACAAAUCAUGUUUGGUGAGAUGGGUAUCAAAGAAACCGAGAUUUCUUGGAUUCUUUUACACAACAACAACAAGAAGAAGCAGCUAAAGAAACUAAAAAAAUUCAGAGAUAACGGGUGAAGGGUAGAGAAGAAAAGAUCGGGUAUUUUUUUUUUCUGUUGAAAAGAAAAUCAUUGAAGGAUUUCAGUCCAAUCGGAAGAUCCUCGCCGUUCUCGGCAUUUGCCACUGCCUUCCCUUGCUCGAUCUCGAAUCCGUUGUAGAUCAAUUCACUGCUACCUACAAAAGUUACAGCUCUACAAAAACCCAGAUCUGAGUUUGAGAAAAACCCAAAUUUGGAGAAUAAGAAGAAGGGAGAAGGGAGAGAGAAAAAGAAUAAGAAAAAGAAAGAAGAAGGAUGAGCAAGGAAAGGGAGAAGGAAGGUUGGUAGAGAAUGAGUAGGCAAAACCCAGAUAUGGGUUUGAGAAGAACCCAGAUCUGGGUUUGUUUUGGAGAGGAAGAAAAAUCGAUAAGAGAGAGAAAAAGAAUAAGAAA